AUGCUUUACGACAUUUCAUCAAAAGAUGAAGGCUCAGCAAGACUCAUCGGGGUUGUAGAACGAUGCGUCGAUGACAUUUUCGCGCAGCUCUACCGUCACAGCUUCGAGGCAAUCCACUUUCAGUUUCCGGUCAGGACGGCUUACGAAUCCCGUCCACUCGCCUCUUCGAACGAACUGAAAGGAACCCAUAUUCAAAUGGUCAACUUCAUUCCCGUACCAGAGAGUACUUUUGCGGUAUUGUUAGCCCGUAACUUGGUGAUAAAGCAUGGCUGGGGGGCUGGGAUGAAUGCCAACUACAUCUCUUUCAGUAGCUAUGCUAGUGUAUGCAUGCUGUUUGCCCGUGCCUAA